AUGCCUCGAUGCAUCACAAUUCUAGGGCUUCUCACGGACAUUUCAAUUCUUUCUGCAGGGACUCCAUUUUGGUGCCUAUUAGACAUCGUUCCCAUAAAGAAUGAGAAGAGAGAAGUGGUGCUGUUCCUGGCCUCUCACAAGGACAUCACGUCCACCAAGAUGGCUCAGCUGGAAAUGGGGGAUUCCCAGCAGGACCCAGAGAAUAAUGGUGAUGACUUGGAUCCAGAAUCCCCUCCUCUCAACUAUGGCAGGAGACGGAGUCGAGCCGUCCUCUACCAACUUUCCGGCCAUUAUAAGCAAGAUAAGAUGAAGACCAAGCUCAACAAAAUCAAUAGCAAUCUCCUCCAUUCAGCAGCACCACUUCCGGAGUACAAGACAGCUGCCGUCAAGAAAUCUAAAUUCAUCCUCUCGCACUACGGAGUGUUUAAGACUUGCUGGGACUGGUUCGUCUUGGUGGCCACUCUUUACGUGGCAGUCGUCGUACCUUAUAACGCUGCCUUCAUUGAUGACGAUGAUACGCUGUGCUCGGAUGUCUUCCCGAUCGAGAAUCGAAGCGCAGACUGCAAUGAGACGUGGCCGGCUGAAUCCGGCUUUGACACCGACAAAGAGGGAGGGGGAGGGGAGGGGGAGGAGGAAGCGAACGUGGCAAUAAUGGAAGAAAGGGAAGAAGGAAGAAUUGGACUACCGUGCAACGAUUCUCGGAAUGCAUCAUGUGAUCAUCAUUCCUCAUUAGGCGACCAGCCAGAUCGACCAUCUUUGGUCACGGAUGUCGUUGUGGAAAUCCUCUUCAUUGUCGACAUCAUUCUCAAUUUCCGAACAACUUACGUGAACAAGAAAGGUGAAGUGAUAUCCCAUCCAAAAUACGUGGCCGUGAAUUAUCUCCGUGGAUGGUUUAUCGUUGAUCUUCUCGCAGCCCUCCCAUUCGACCUCCUCAAUGCAGCCCAUGUCUACAGCAGGAAUUCCCAGAUUCAUCUGCUGAAGCUGACGCGCCUCUUGAGGCUGGCACGGUUGCUGCAGAAGAUGGAGCGAUAUUCUCAAUACACGGCAUUGGUGCUAACGCUUCUCAUGCUUUGCUUCGCUCUGGUUGCUCAUUGGCUUGCCUGCAUUUGGUAUGUGAUCGCCAAGAGAGAAAUUCUCGUUCACGGCAAGAACUGGAAUAUCGGUGAGUUUUCUCGCGUUCUGUCUCCGGUCGGAUUUAUGCCUGGCGGCAGAGGGGACGGAAUGAGAAAAACGGAAAUUGACAGCUUCUUUUCUGAAGGAAGGAUGCCUCUGACGAUGAGAGGUAUCCGUCAGGAGCCUCUGCGGAACUUCCGUCACUAUGAUAUUUUCCUGUUGGCGGACGAAAACAUCAUACGUGUUGUGCCGUUCGCACACAACCCCGGAUGGAUUCAUGCCUUGGCAGAAAGAUUGGAAAUGAAGAUGGAAGAUGUCACAAUAGCGGAGGCGUAUAUCACGGCCUUGUACUUCACGUGCAGCAGCCUGACCAGCGUGGGAUUCGGCAACGUUUCCGCCAAUACGAUCCCGGAGAAGAUUUUCAGCAUUUGUACCAUGCUUAUUGGCGCCUUGAUGCACGCCGUUGUGUUCGGCAACGUGACUGCCUUCAUCCAGCGAAUGUACGCUCGGCGCAGUCAAUACCAAACGAAGCUCCGAGACCUCAAGGACUUCCUUCAUCUUCAUCAGAUUCCGAAAGAGUUGAAACAGAGGAUCCAAGAUUAUCAUCAGACCAUGUGGUCCCUCAAUCACGGUAUCGAUAUCCAUGAGGCUCUUCGAGAAUUGCCGGAAGAAUUGCGUGGGGACGUGAGUAUGCACAUUCAUCGGGAGAUAUUGAGCCUGCCGAUCUUCGAGACGGCAUCACAAGGGUGCCUCAAGUUUCUGUCCUUGCAUAUCCGCACCAAUUUCUGCGCUCCUGGCGAGUACCUGAUCCAUAAAGGAGAUGCUCUUCAAUACAUCUACUAUCUGUGCAAUGGGUCCAUGGAAGUCGUCGACAACAACAUGGUUGUCGCCAUUCUCGGUGAGUCUACUACCGAUGCAUUGAGCAAAGGAGACUUGGUGGGAUGCGACAUUCAUUUGGACAGCGCCAACGACGUAGUCGUCAAAUCCGGUUGUGACGUCAAAGCCCUCACUUACUGUGAUCUCAAAUGCAUUGCCAUCACUGGACUCAUUGAAGUGCUUAAAAUGUACCCGGAGUUCGCUGAGGAAUUUUCCAACGAUAUCGUUCAUGACCUGAGCUACAAUCUCCGAGAGGGAUACGAGGCUGAGAAUGAGUCAACAUGGUUCUCCAUGGUUGGUAUCUCCGUCGUCUCACGAGGAACACGAGGGGACUGUCUUGUAAAGGGAGGAGUGGACCCAAUAUUCGACUUUUCCCCUUCUCAAUAUGGAGGCGAAAAAUACUGUCCUCCUCAAUACCUUCGUACAAGUGGAGGUGAAAGCCUCAAGCAUCUCAUCCUCCUCAGAAGCAGUGCUUCUGAGGAGGAUAACUCUGAGGAAGACUUCCUGUCUCCGAGAUAA